AUGAGUGAGGUGAUUGAGACCUGGGAGCUCUGUGUCUUUGCCUGCCAGGCCGUCACCUCACGCGAGUUGCUCCUUGGGCAGACGACGACGGUGUCCCUCCCUGCGGCUGGGAUAGAGGCGCUUUACUGCAGCCACCCCCACGUGAAGGUGGAGCGGCGCGAGGGGGCCUACUUGCUGCGGCUGCGACCGCCAGAGGUGGGGACGCAGCAGCUGCUGCUGCACGCCCUCACAAACCACCACCUGGCCAAGACGCUACUGACGGUCCCCACCGUGUACCCCACGCCGACGUACACCCAGACGUUGGAGUUCAGCCUGGCGGACACCGCGGCGCCGAUAUUCCGCCGUCUGCAGUUCGUGCACCGCGGGGCGAGGGAGGAGGUGUUCGCGGUGCACCACAACUACAGCUACCAGCUCCGCGUCACGCCGAAGCAGUUCGCCCUGGCCCCCGGAGACACACAGUUCAUUGCGCUGCAGCUUGACAUGCUCAGUCUGCCGGAGGGGCAGAUGGAGGGACGCUGGCCGAUGUGGAUCUUCAUCAACAACGCGGACGACAGGACGGUUGAGUCGUACUUGCUGCAUGUGGUGCUGCGUGCCCACCGCGUCCUGCACGACAUGGCGUAG